CUUGGCCAACCCAACCCGACCCAACUGGUUACUGGUAGCAGGUAUAGUGAGUGGACUUCUUCCUUUCCCGUAUUGCCAUUUCCUUCUUCCAUUGCUUUAGUUGCUGUUACUUUCUUGCUUUCUAAAUUCUAGAUAAAUUGCUGCAGAAUUAUUAGAGAGAGAUAGAGAGAAGAGUGAGAGGGAGGGAGCGAGCGAGCUAUGCAAUAGAGGGAAAAUUUGACAAGAGGCUCAGAUGGGUUGCCUCAGAUCCAGGCAACUAUGGCGUUAAUAAUAUCAAGAAAGGGUAACCAUACCAUCCUUUUUGUUAAUAAAUGUCGUCUUGUGAUUCCUGGGACUUGUGCUUUCUUUCUCCUUUCUCAUGGCCCUUUUUAUCUCAUCAUUUAUUUCGGUUCAAAGUUGUGGAUGAUGGGUCGUUUCUGUUUUCUCGAUUGAUUUCUUGAUUCUGGGGGAAUUUGUUUUUUUUUUUUUUUUUUUGUUGUAAAUUCUUUCUUCCCUCGUGGAUUUCAAGUUUCUAUUUUCUCUGGUCCUUUAUUGUUGAUGGAAGUUGACAGAGAAGACUCCAGAGAAGAAGAAGCUGAUGAGUCUUCUACUACUGAGUCUAUAAGGUGGAAAGUUCGCCGUCCAUUUUAGUUGACCAGAUCUGCCUUGCCUUGUCCUCCCUUGCAAUUUCUGCUUCUGCUACGGCAUGGGGAAUGGGCAGCUGAAACCCACCGCCAUUCACAUUCUGGAAUCAUUUUCGGUAGCUAUUUUGGUUGAAUAAAAAGUAAUGAUGAUUUCAAUGGGACUGAAAGGUAACUUUCUGUACUUGCUGCUGGAUAGGGAUUUUGAUGGAGGGGAUGUAUACGACGGUGCUACUGCCACUUAGAGUAGGUAAUUUAGCUUGUGAAAACACGACUUUAGAUACCCACUUGGAUAUCAAAAGGCAGAAGAAGUGUAUGGCAGAAGCAGCUAGACAACAAUCUGAUGGUCCUGAAACUGAAGUUUCUACUUUUGUCAGGGACAACAAUUGUAAUUGUGGUGACUUGGCUAAUGAAGUUGUUGACGGAAUAGUGCUGGUUUCAAAUCAAGUGGAGGAAGGAGGUGGGGAGGGCUUGUUGGACAUGAUAUCUGAAGAGGAGGAUAAGAGCAAUUGGGUCUCCGGGAUUGAAGAUGGUGAGGAAGAUGAUUCUUUGUCAUUAGAAGGUGAUCAGAAUCUUGAGCUUGUUAGUUCAUGUUCCCUUUCGGUAGCUAGUGAGACUAGCAGCUUAUUUGGGGAAGAAUUCUUGAUUUUUGAGGCCAACUCCGAGUUUGGAACAAGUAGUAGUUCACUAGAGGUUGUUGACCAGAGCAUCUGUGGUGUUGAUAUUAGCUACACAGCCACAGAUCUGGAUGAGUCAAGUAUUGUCUCUCAAAAUUCUCUAGCUGAUGCAGCGAGCCACGCAGAAGAAGUUAAUACUACAUCCUGUUCAGACACAAAGACUAUUCCUCCUGUUGUUGUUCAGUUGGCGCUGGAGAAAGAGGCUCGUGGAGCAGCCAUUGCUCGUAGUGUCUUUGAGUUGGACUAUGUGCCCCUCUGGGGUUUUACAUCUGUUUGUGGAAGAAGACCAGAGAUGGAGGACGCAGUUGCAACCGUGCCUCAGUUUCUGAAAAUACCUAUGCAAAUGCUAGUUGGUAACCAAUUGCUGGAUGGCCUAAGCAAGUGUAUAACCCAUCAGACUGCUCAUUUUUUUGGAGUCUAUGAUGGUCAUGGAGGGUCACAGGUUGCAAACUACUGUCGUGACCGUGUCCAUACUGCAUUGGCUGAGGAGAUUGGGUUUGUUGGGAAUGGUUAUUGUGUGACUGAUGGUUGCCAAGAGCAAUGGAGAAAAGCUUUCACAAAUUGUUUUUUAAAGGUUGAUGCUGAAAUUGGUGGAACAGAAGCCAGUACUGAUGAACCAGUUGCACCAGAAACUGUGGGUUCCACUGCUGUUGUCGCUGUUAUUUGCUCCUCCCACAUCAUAGUAGCUAAUUGUGGAGAUUCAAGAGCUGUCCUAUGUCGUGGCAAAGAACCUAUUGCAUUAUCAGUGGAUCAUAAACCAAAUAGAGAAGAUGAAUAUGCAAGGAUAGAAGCAGCUGGAGGCAAGGUAAUACAAUGGAAUGGGCAUCGCGUCUUUGGUGUUCUUGCAAUGUCAAGGUCCAUUGGUGAUAGAUAUCUGAAACCAUGGAUUAUUCCAGAACCAGAAGUAAUGUUCAUUCCACGAGCCAAAGAGGAUGAAUGCCUGGUUCUGGCAAGUGACGGUUUAUGGGACGUAAUGUCAAACGAGGAAGCAUGUGAUCUUGCUCGGAGAAGAAUACUCGUCUGGCACAAGAAGAAUGGGAAUGAGGCUGGUGCUCCUCCUCCCUCUCAUUUAUUAGAAGGGCAUGAGGGGGUUGAUCCUGCGUCUCAGGCAGCAGCAGAGUAUCUGUCGAACCGUGCUAUUCAGAAAGGUAGCAAGGACAAUAUCACAGUUAUUGUGGUGGAUCUGAAAGCUCAAAGGAAGAAGUUCAAGGCGAAAACAUGAUAGGCACAAGAAUCUCACUCGGUCAAACACAGCUCCUUAGAUUGAAGGAGCUUUACUUCUUCCUAUAACAUGGUUCGUGGUGGGCCUUAUUUGUUUCGCCCAUCUGUUUGGUUUUUUGCGUGACACAUGGGCGUUUGCAGGCAGAAGCAAGAAGCAAACUCUGUUGAGGCUUCAGAGCGAGCUUUUGACCUUCUGCUUUGUGUAAAUGGUCAUUACCUUACAUUAGAUAUGGGAGAAGGAAUGAAGUGAGCUGUGUGUUAUAGUUCCUUCUGAUAUUAAUUAGUUUGUAUUCAUUAUUGUAUUGUAUACCUCCGGGUUGAACUUGCCCAGCGAGGGUGUUAUUACCACUUCUCUCGUUAUAGUUGGAAAACCAUCACCUCUUGUCAGUUGUCACCUGCACAAUCAGCUAAUCUUUGA